AUUGCGUGUUGUCGCUUCGAUGGUCGGACGUGUUCUGACGCGAGCGCCUUGCGCGCGCGUUUCGUGGAUGACGUUUCGUUUGACGUUUUGACGUUGGCAGCUGCUGUCACUUCACAGUGGGCGCAGGGGUGUGCGCGCGGUGGGGUUAGCACUUCGGUGACACCGAACAUGCUCAAAAUUACAUCCUGAACCCUUGAAAAAUAUAAAAAAAAUCGAAAAAUAAAAUUUGGGCACUAGAGGGUUAAGUUUUAUAUUCAAAAGAUUAAUUAUAAAAUUAAUUCUGAUAUUCAAAAUUUAAACAUUUAAGGAAAAAAUAAUAAGAAGUAAGAUUUCAGAAAAUUCGAUAGGUCAAACAAAUUUUAAUUUCUUUUUCAGGUAUGUUCUGGAGCAAAAAACCACAGAUGGUGCCAUCGUCUACACCAAGCAACCAAAAAGCUUCACUGACUUCAUUUAGCAUGAAUGCAGUUACAGCAGCUGAUUUCUUCAAACUUUUGAUUACCCCUGAAAUGGCUGAUGCGAUUGUGAAGUAUACGAAUCUGCACGCUGAGCAGAACGGGGAGAAGAAUUGGAAGAUGUUCACAGUGAACGAGUUUUAUGCUUACAUCGCUUUCCAAAUCGUUAUUGGUUAUGAAAAACGCCGAAAGUGUGCCCUCGCCCGUCUAUAUACUACAGAACCACUUCAUCGCCAACCGAUUUUUAGUACGAUUAUGGCAAAAACACGGCUCGAAGCAAUAAUCCGAAACAUACGUUUCGAUGAACGCGCUACGCGCCAGAAAAGGAUCAGCGAAACAGGUGAUCGUGCAGCAGCCAUUCGCGAAGUUUUUGACGCUUUCGCGGAUAAUUGCGCUAAAGCUUAUGAUCCUUCGGGUGUCGUAUGUGUGGACGAAAGGGUGGUCCCGUGCCGAGCCAAAUGCGGUAUCCUCGUAUUCAUUGAGAACAAACCAGGUGGGAAGGAAGGAGUUAAGGUUUUUCUUGGCGCUGACUUGGAAAAUUCCUACGGCUUCUUUUUUCAAAUAUAUUUUCCUGGUAAGUAAUGAUUGUACAGUCGACUCUCUGGCUGUCGACAAGGAGAGAGUCCACUGUAUCAUAUUUCUGGAAUAUAUCGCAUAUCAUGUUUUUGAAAUGUGGCAAUAGUUUGUUAUAUCUUUUACAUUUUUAAAACUACAGGAUCUCAUCUAUUGUCGAACAACUACAUACCACCACCACCCAAGAAGCGGAAAUCUACCCCGAAAACGGUUCCUACCGCUAACAAAAAACCUCGCGAGGAGAAACAAGGGAUGCGUGUCGUUCUUGAUGCAACGGAGAGGAUACAGGGCAGUGGGCGCGAAGUGGUCGUAGAUAAUUUUUUUACGUCGGUUGAGGCUGCGAAAAAGUGCAGGGAACGAGGCCUGUUCCUUACCGGAACUCUCCGCAAGUGCAAACCAGAUAUACCUCGAGAAAUGCUCCCCUCUAGAACGAGAACAGUGCACAGUUCUAUUUUCGGUUACAAUUCUGACCUAACGAUCACGUCCUAUGUUCCGAAGAAAAAUCGUGCUGUCGUGUUUUUGAGUAACAACCCCAACCUUUGUGGAGUGGGCGAAACAACUUCUAAAAAGAAGACUGUUGUAAAUCUACACUAUAACGUCGGAAAGGCGCCAGUCGAUAAUCUCGAUAAAUCGACCCGAGAGUUCUCAACUGCGCGAAAAACGAAACGAUGGCCAAAUCGGAUGAUGAUGGACAUUGUGGACCUCGCAAUGCAUAAUGCUGAGAUUCUGCACCACUUGAAAUACCCGGAAUGGAGAGCAUCAACCCGGCAGAGCCGAUUUAAGUUUUUUCAGAAACUGUCGUACGAGCUGGCGUACGAUUAUGUACGAUCGCGUGCGGAUGCCGCCGUUGAUGGAUGCAUUCACAACGACCUGAAGCAAGAUUUUCAAACGUUUUUCGCUGAAUUUGAACGACUGUCUACAUAUGAAUCAGAAGCAACGUAUAAGGCAAUGUGCGUUAUAUGUACUGGUGAUAAGGAACUGAAGCCGUGCACGAAGUGCGAAGUUUUGGUUUGCCAAAACCAUCAGCGCUCUAAAAUGGAAUAUCUUUGCGUAGGCUGCCAAGGUGAAACUCUCAACAACCGAGGAAUUGAGACGAAGUCAAUGUGCUACUACUGCGUGGAAGAAGUUAAACGGAGCCGAGUGAAAUGCUCAACAUGCAAAGUUUGCUGCUGCGACCAACACCGUGCCGAAAUAUCAUUCAAGGUGUGCCCUGAUUGCCGAUCCUAAAAUAUCGUUAAAAGUGAUGUCAGAACUAAACUAAAAUCAUUCUAAAUCAGCGCUAAAUGUUUCAUCGUUUGACAAAGAAUAAACCAGCUAGAUUUACCAUAAAAGAAAACAGAAGAUUAUUUCAAUAAUUUUGACAUGCAUCGUUUGAACAUUAUAGCAAUUAUAACGGUACAACCAAAUCGGUUAAAAUUUAUCACGAAUAGAUUGUUGAGAUUAUUUGAAGAAUUUUGACAUGUCGCAUGGCAUAAUUUGCAGCGAUAACACUGAAUCGGUUCAAACCGGUAUCGGUUAUUUGAACCGGUUCAACUAAAUCGGUUAAAAUUUAUCACGAAUAGAUUGUUGAGAUUAUUUGAAGAAUUUUGACAUGUCGCAUGGCAUAAUUUGCAGCAAUAACACUGAAUCGGUUCAAACCGGUAGCGGUUAUUUGAACCGGUUCAACUAAAUCGGUUAAAAUUUAUCACGAAUAGAUUGUUGUGAUUAUUUGAUGAAUUUUGACAUGUC